AUGGUCUUCUCACUAAAGCCCAUUGCCACUCACAUCUUGUCUGUUUCUUAUGAAUUGUUUUGGAUGCAGGUACCAGGUACGAGGGAUGUGCUUCUUGGUCGGUUUUGCCAAGCCGUUGCCACGUCUGUCUGCUAUCCGCGCAGUUUAGUACAGAGACAACAACAAACAUCUUUAAUCAUGGGUCGUAUGCAUGCACCAGGAAAGGGUAUCUCCAAGAGAGCCCUCCCAUACAAGCGCUCUCCUCCAACUUGGUUGAAGAUCUCUGUCGAGGAUGUUGAAGACCACGUCUGCAAGCUUGCCAAGAAGGGUUUGACCCCAUCUCAAAUUGGUGUCAUUCUUCGUGACUCCAAUGGUAUCGCCCAAGUCAAGUCCGUCACUGGCCAAAAGGUUGUCCGCAUCCUCAAGGCCAACGGUCUUGCCCCCGAGAUCCCUGAGGACUUGUACAUGCUUAUCAAGAAGGCUGUCCAAGUUCGUAAGCAUUUGGAACGCAACCGCAAGGACAAGGAUUCCAAGUUCCGCUUGAUUCUUAUCGAAAGCCGUAUCCACCGCUUGGCUCGUUACUACCGUACCACCCGUAAGCUUCCAUCCAACUGGAAGUACGAGUCCGCCACUGCCUCUACUAUUGUAGCCUAA